CUAUAUGAUGAAGACAUUGGAUGCUAAUCACUUGGAUUCAAAGAAAAUCGAAAACCCCCAAAUCUCAGGCAACAGCGGUAAUGCAGUCUCUGAUGAGCUUAGCUCCACAGAAGGCAAUAAUAGCAGAGACUGGUGAAGAAGUUGAAGUAGAUGAGGUUAAGAUUAGCACAGUUGUAGCGGUUAAAGCUGGUGAAACCAUACCAAUUGAUGGAAUUGUGGUGGAUGGAAACUGUGAAGUAGACGAGAAAACCUUAACCGGCGAAGCAUUUCCUGUACCUAAACAGAGAGAUUCUACGGUUUGGGCUGGAACUAUCAAUCUAAAUGGUUACAUAAGUGUGAAAACAACUUCUUUAGCGGGUGAUUGCGUGGUUGCGAAGAUGGCUAAGUUAGUAGAAGAAGCUCAGAGCAGUAAAACCAAAUCCCAAAGACUAAUAGACAAAUGUUCUCAGUACUAUACUCCAGCAAUCAUCGUAGUAUCAGCUUGCGUCGCCAUUGUCCCGGUUAUUAUGAAGGUCCACAACCUUAAACAUUGGUUCCACCUGGCAUUAGUUGUGUUAGUCAGUGGCUGUCCCUGUGGUCUUAUCCUCUCUACACCAGUUGCUACUUUCUGUGCACUUACUAAAGCAGCAACUUCCGGGCUUCUGAUCAAAAGUGCUGAUUAUCUGGACACUCUCUCAAAGAUGAAGAUCGCUGCUUUCGACAAAACCGGGACUAUUACUAGAGGAGAGUUCAUUGUCAUAGAUUUCAAGUCACUCUCUAGAGAUAUAACCCUACGUAGCUUGCUUUACUGGGUAUCAAGUGUUGAAAGCAAAUCAAGUCAUCCAAUGGCUGCAACAAUCGUGGACUACGCGAAAUCCGUUUCUGUUGAGCCUAGGCCUGAAGAGGUUGAGGACUACCAGAAUUUUCCAGGUGAAGGAAUCUACGGGAAGAUUGAAGGGAACGAUAUCUACAUCGGGAAUAAAAGGAUUGCUUCUCGAGCUGGUUGUUCAACAGAGAUUGAAGUUGAUACCAAAGGUGGAAACACUGUUGGAUACGUCUAUGUAGGUGAAAGACUAGCUGGAGUUUUCAAUCUUUCUGAUGCUUGUAGAUCCGGUGUAUCUCAAGCAAUGACAGAACUGAAAUCUCUAGGAAUCAAAACCGCAAUGCUAACUGGAGAUAGUCAAGCUGCGGCAAUGCAUGCUCAAGAACAACUAGGGAAUGUUUUAGAUGUUGUACAUGGAGAACUUCUUCCUGAAGAUAAAUCCAAAAUCAUACAAGAGUUUAAGAAAGAAGGACCAACCGCAAUGGUAGGGGACGGUGUGAAUGAUGCACCAGCUUUAGCUAUAGCUGAUAUUGGUAUCUCCAUGGGAAUUUCUGGCUCUGCGCUUGCUACGCAGACUGGUCAUAUUAUUCUGAUGUCUAAUGACAUAAGACGGAUACCACAAGCGGUGAAGCUAGCGAGAAGAGCUCGGCGCAAAGUUGUUGAAAACGUGUUUCUUUCCAUCAUUUUAAAAGCAGGAAUACUGGCUUUGGCAUUUGCUGGUCAUCCUUUGAUUUGGGCAGCGGUUCUUGUUGAUGUAGGGACUUGUUUGCUUGUGAUUCUCAAUAGUAUGUUGCUGCUGCGAGAGAAGAAAAAGAUUGGGAACAAAAAGUGUUACAGGGCUUCAACAUCUAUGUUGAAUGGUAGGAAACUCGAAGGCGAUGAUGAUGAUGUUGUGGACUUAGAAGCAGGCUUGUUAACAAAGAGCGGGAAUGGUCAAUGUAACUCAAGCUGUUGUGGAGAUAAGAAAAAUCAAGAGAAGGUUGUGAUGAUGAAACCAAGUAGUAAAACCAGUUCUGAUCAUUCUCACCCUGGUUGUUGUGGCGAUAAGAAGCAAGACAAAGUGAAGCCACUUGUGAGAGAUGGCUGUUGCGGUGAGGAAACUAGAAAAGCAGUGGGAGACAUGGUUUCAUUGAGCUCAUGUAAGAAGUCUAGUCAUGUCAAACAUGACCUGAAAAUGAAAGGUGGUUCAGGUUGUUGUGCUAACAAAAGUGAGAAGGUAGAGGAAGUAGUGGCAAAGAGCUGCUGUGAGAAACCAAAACAGCAAAUGGAGAGUGCUGGAGACUGCAAAUCUGGCCAUUGCGAGGAGAAGAAGCAUGCUGAGGAAAUUGUUGUCCCGGUGCAGAUUAUUCCUCAGGCAUUAACUGGUUUGGAAAUAGAGUUGCAGAGAAAGGAACCCUGCAAAACAAGCUGUUGCGACAAUAAAGAGAAGAAGGUUAAGGAAAUAGGUUUGUUGCUUGCUAGUGAGGACAAAUCUUACCCGGAGAAAGAAGUGCUGAUUAAAGAUGAAGGAAACUGCAAGUCUGGCUGCGAGAACAAGGGGACAGUGACACAAAGGUGCCAUGAGAAGGCAGGUUUGGACAUGGAAACUGGUGUAAGUUGUGAUCUCAAGUUGGUUUGUUGUGGGAAGACAGAAGGGGAAGUUGCAGGAAAAACUGAUCUGGAGAUAAAGAUUGAAGGACACUGCGAGUCUCGUUGCUGCAGCGAUGAAAAACAAACCGGGGAAAUAACUCUUGCUUCUGAGGAAGAGACAGACGAUCAAGAUUGCUUCUCGGGAUGUUGUGUGAAUGAGGGGACAGUGAAACAAAGCUUCCAUGAGAAGAAGCAUGCUGUGUUGGUGGAGAAGGAAGGUUUGGACAUGGAAACUGGUGUAUGUUGUGAUGAUCUCAAGUUGGUUUGUUGUGGAAACACAGAAGGGGAAGUGGAGGAGCAUUGUGAUCUGGAGAUAAAGGAUGAAGGACAUUGCAAGUCUGGUUGCUGCAACGAUGAAAAGCAAACAACGGAAAUCACUCUGGCUUCAGAGGAAGAGACAGACAGCAUGGAUUGUUUCGGAUGUUGUAUGGACAAAGAAGUGACAAAAAUCUGUGGUGAGAAGCCUGUUAGCUUGGUGGUUUCAGGCUUGGAAACUGAAGGUGGUGGUGAUUGCAAAUCACAUUGUUGUGGAACUUGUUUGACACAAGAAGGGUCUUCAAAGUUGGUCAAUGUGGAGAGUGCUCAAUCCGGAGGCUGUGGAACAGUGAAAGUGUCUAGUCAAAGCUGUUGCACUAGUUCUACUGAUCUGGUGCUAUCUGACUUGCAAGUGAAGAAGGAUGAGCAAUGUGAGAGCUCAAACAGAGCCGUUAAGUCAGAGACCUGUUGCAAAGUGAAGAUUCCAGAGGCUUGUGCAUCGAAAUGUAAGGAAAAAGAGAAGCGUCACAAUGGUAAAAGCUGUUGCAGGAGUUAUGCAAAAGAAUUUUGCAGCCACCGCCACCAUCAUCACCACCACCACCACCACCACCACCACCAUGUGAUUGCUUGAUGGAGAUUGCGAUUGAAUAGCUUAAACUCUUGCAUCCAUCUAUUCACACAACGUGUCGUCUUGCAUUCCAUUAAUGGCGAAAUUAAAAAACAUAGAUAAAUUUGUUCCAGCAAAGGCAGUAGUAUUAGACUAAGCAACUGUGUUAUUCAUAAAGACAAUGCUAGUGAUCUUUUUUAGUCCUUUAUGUAUGCCAAAUCCUGAAGUGUUUGAACUUUGAUCUUGGAGUCUUUAAACCAAACACAACAAGAAGUCAAAACAGAUAUUGGAUCAAA